GCCACGUAUGAAUGUAUGUGACACUCUAGUACUGCAACAAACCUGUGUGUGGUAACGGAAACAUGUCGGUGCAGUCGUUACAAGUGAAAUACGCUAUGUUUCGUAUCGUAAUUUGUCUUCUUGUUAUCUGCGUAAGUUCCGUUCAUGGGACUGCUUCAGUUACGUCAGAAAAACGUAACGUUCACGAUGGAAAUGUCUGCAGCAUAUGGGGUGACCCCCAUUUUAGAACUUUUGACGGAUAUCGCUACAAUUUCAUGGGUUUCUGCUCUUAUCACGCGUUAUCCUGGUGUGGCCCCAAAAAUAAUGGGCCGCUUGUUACGAUUGACACAAAGAACCACAGACAGCAAGUUGGUAUUGGGAACGGAGGAAAGCACACUCGUAUUAGUAGUAUACGCAUGCGCCGUAGAGGACCAGCCACAAAUUUCGUCGAAGUAUUUAGCAGCUGUGAGGCUGAAAUCACGAAAAAUGGUGUGACUGAGAAAUUUUUGCCCGAAGAUUAUCCAGUGAAAUUUGGUCCUGGCGGGAAUUUGGGAGAGCUGACCUGGGUUGAUCACGUGAUCACAUUAAAAGUCAGACUCCGAUACACAGCCGUUUUUGACUGUAAAGAACAUCGAUUAGAUAUAGAAUUAGAUCCAUUCAUUAGAGACAUCGCACCGAAUAACGUAUGUGGGCUGUGUGGAAAUUACAAUGCGAAUAAGUACGACGACUUGCCAGGAGGCAAGACAGUUGAAGAAUGGGCAACGGAUUAUAAGGAUCCUGAAAGCGGUUGCGGCCCUGCACCAGGCUCCUAGAGACGUGGCUGCACAUAGAUAUGGCAGUGUAUAAUGCUACAGUAGAAGCACAUCAUUGGUAGAGUUUACGAAAUAUUCGAUUUUUGAAGCUGAAAUAAAUUGGUUUUGAUGGGA